AUGUCCUGGACGCUGUCAGUCUUCGCUGUCAGUCGAGGUUUGAAGACAUCUUUGGUUGAGAAGUUUGACUACUCAGCUGGAACCAGCAGUAGAAGCACGAAGCUGAUCCACGGCGGUGUUCGGUACCUACAGAAGGCAGUCUUCAACCUUGACUAUGAACAGUAUCGGAUGGUGAAGGAAGCCCUUUCAGAAAGAGCUAACCUGAUUGACAUCGCCCCACAUCUUGCCUACCCGUUCCCCAUAAUGCUGCCUGUAUACAAGUGGUGGCAGGUGCCGUACUACUGGGCGGGGAUAAAGAUGUACGACCUGGUGGCGGGGAAACAGCUCCUCAAGCCCAGCUACUAUCUGUCCAAGAAUAAGGCCCUCGAGUUGUUCCCCAUGCUCAAGAAGGACAGGCUUGUUGGUGCCCUGGUCUACUAUGAUGGUCAGCAUGACGAUGCCAGGAUGAACAUAUCAUUAGCAAUGACGUCAAUCAGGAUGGGUGGUGCACUCACAAACCACACAGAGGUUGUACAUCUACUCAAGACUAAGGACGGGGAGGGGAAAGAGACAGUGUGCGGAGCUCAUGUUAGAGACUUAAUAACUGGAAAAGAGUUUGAUAUUAAAGCUAAGUGUGUGAUAAAUGCCACCGGGCCGUACACGGACAGUCUUCGUAAAAUGUCCAACCCUGAGGUGCGGAAAAUCUGCCAACCCAGCUCAGGUGUACAUAUAGUGCUACCAGACUACUACAGUCCUGAGAGUAUGGGUUUGCUUGAUCCAUCUACCAGUGACGGGAGGGUCAUCUUCUUCUUGCCAUGGCAGAAAGUCACACUAGCAGGCACGACGGACAGCCCCUGCGAUGUCACAGACUACCCACAACCCACAGAAAAAGAGAUUCAGUUCAUACUUAAUGAAAUUAGGAAUUAUUUAAAUCCAGAUGUUGAAGUGCGGAGAGGCGAUGUAUUGUCUGCCUGGAGUGGGCUCAGGCCACUUGUAGCCGACCCCAACAAAUCGGAUACUCAAUCCAUCGCCAGAAACCACAUUAUAGAGGUUGCUGCUGAUAGUCUUAUAACAAUAGCAGGAGGGAAAUGGACGACGUACCGUCACAUGGCGCAGGAGACCAUUGACAAGGCUGUGGAGGUGUGUGGCCUGACCCCCACUUCGGGCUGCCGUACAGAGGGCUUGAUGGUGGAGGGAUCACAUGGCUUCACUCCCACGCUCUUCAUCAGGCUCGUCCAGGACUUUGGGCUGGAGAAUGAAGUUGCUCAGCAUCUGGCCAACACAUAUGGAGACAAGGCAUUCAAGGUGGCCAAGCUGGCCAACCUGACAGGACGCCGCUGGCCCAUUGUUGGGAGGAGAUUAUCAGAGGAGUACCCCUAUACAGAGGCUGAGGUGAAGUACGCUGUGCGGGAGUAUGCCUGUUCAGCAAUAGAUGUCCUCGCACGACGUACUCGUCUGGCGUUCUGCAACGUUCAUGCAGCAGAGGAAGCCUUGCCACGCAUCAUUGAAAUCAUGGCUGAAGAACUCAAGUGGAAUAAAACAAAACAGAAGGAGGAGACGGAAAGAGCAAAACGCUUCCUCCGCAGGGAGAUGGGUCUAGACAUUAAGAAGGCCUCGGAAUUGCAGGCUCCUAUUAACUUUACUAAGGAUGAAAUCAACAUGUACGUGAAGAGAUUCAAGGGCCUGGACUAUGACAACAAGGGCUACAUCACCAUCAACGACCUGCGCAGAUACUUCAAGAAACUUGCCUAUUUUGAAAGUGAGAAAAUUGGAGAAAAAGUGACUGAAGAUCAACUCCAUGAGAUUCUCAGUGAAGUAGACCUCAACAAGAAUGCUCAAGUAGACCUCGGAGAGUACCUCCAGCUGAUGAGUGCUCUUAAGAGCGGCCGGGUGUCAAACUCGCGACUUGCCAUGGCGGCAGAACAGAGUGCAGAAGUGAAGAUUCCGGUGGAAAGGAGCGGAGGGGGAGUGUAAUAUGAGAGUGCGGAGGAGCCGAGUGGAGGAUGGUCAUGGAGUGUAUCACAGUCCCAUUCUCCAGCAGUAGGCUGUGGAUCUCAUCAAAUUUUGUACAUCGUUUGCUGGGAAUCUGCCAUUAUCAUGGUAACGUGUGGUUUUCUGAACUGACCAAACCUGUAGCAACCUCAUAGGAUGGAAGUUGGAACCAAUUACAGCUCUCUUAGAUGUAUAUCAUUCCGGCUUGCUCUGCUGACUAUUGUGAUAUAUACCCUAGCAUCUUCCUCUCAGCUGGCUUCAUGUAAAACAUGUGCUGAAGCAGUGAAGUCUAAGAAACAUUUGUGUCCAUUCAGAUAACAGGCAAAGUUAUCAAUAAAAAUACAGUUGUCACAAAUUGCAAGGUUAUUUCUGUGUAUUUUUGUUUUGGAUGUUUGACAACAAUCUGAAAGAAAUAUGUUUGGUAUUUACAUACAUCAAAUUCAAUGAAUAUCAGUACAUUUUACAAAACAAGAUUAAAGCGAUGACUUAUUUAUUCCUGAUACUAAUGUUGAAGCAUGCCAUGUAUUUAUGACGUACUAACGGGAAAUCCCUUCUCAGACCACAUGUAGUAUGUACCUAUUUUUAGGGUUAGGUCCCAUACUGCCUACAGUUCCAAACUGCCUACAUCCCAAACUGCCAACAAAAAUAUUGUAGGCAGCGUGGGAACUGAUUUUUUGCCCUGUAGAAUAAUGGAACAGCCCAAUUUUCAAUGAAGAAGGGGUGUGUCGUUUGGAGUAAAGUAGUGGUGGUUAUUUGCUUUAUUUAAUGUUGCACGCACAACUAAGGUAUUCCGGCGAUCGGGUAGUACACUUUUAGGAAAUGAGGAGAACGAAAAAUAGAAAUUUUGAAAGAUUGGUGUUACUACCAAAAAAAACCCCCAACAACUGAGUAUUAAGGGAAAUUUGAAUGGGAUGCCGAAUUAAAAAGGUUAAAAAAAUAUGAAAUAGGUAAAGAGUCCAUACAGGCUCUCAAAUAUUACUUCAACAACAAAAAAGACCAGAUCUAAUAAAUAACAUAUACAGAAGAAUACUAUACCACCAAAACAAAAAUAAUCAUGCAAAUACAUGUUAUCAGGGUCCCGUCACAUAUCGCAGUCCAUGGCAACGAAAUGGACAUUCUUGUCAGUUGUGUGUAAUUGUGAAACCAGUAAGAGACUGUAAAACCAGUAAAAGACUGUAAAACUUAUCAAUUUUUCAUGAUAUAUCCAUGUCUCCAUGUAAAGACUGCGAACUCUCAGAAUGAAUAAAGAUGUCUUACCAACCAACACAUGUCAUUUUUUGAACUUCUGUAGGCAGAGUUGGAAGACACCGUAGAACAGGUCAGUUCAUUAACCAACUAACUGGUCAAGUUCAUUUUAGCAGGGGUAGAACAGGUCAGAUCAGUGUAUUACCAUUAAAUUCACUUUCUGAUCACUGGACCGUAUCAUGUUUUAACCUGUAGGCAGUUUGGAACUGUAGGCAGUAUGGGAAUACACCAUUUUUAGAUAUGUUAUCACAGAACUAGAUCUCAAUAUCUGUAUGCCUACAUAUUAAUUCACCUGUAUAGCUCAGCAUGUUUUCAAUUAUGCAUCAUGUGUUCAACCUGUGUGAUGUUUUUUAACAUUGGUUAUCAAUGCAAGGUGUAGAAUGGCUGUUUCAGCUUGUGUAAACAAAGUAUACCAUAUCGACUUGGUCUCAACACAUGUGUUUGUUAUGUUAAAAAGUGUAAUUUGUACCAUGCUGCAAAAGAUACAGAUGAUAUUUUUAAAAUGCAUUUGGUGAGCAGUUUUUGUGACAAGGAAAUUUGUACCUUAUUUGACUCGCAUAAUUCAUACAGAAGCAUGUAAACAUGUUGUGGUGCAUAUCAGAUUUUCUUAAAAGUGCAAUUUCAUGGUGCAAAUUUUGUUGAAAAUACCAUUUCCAUUCUUGUUGCAGUAGAUGGGAAGUUUGUUUUCAGAUUGUAACAACAUGCGUGUUGAAUGAGAGUCCAGGGUAGAGGGUUUCAUUAAGAAGAUACCAACAAGAGUGUAAAUCAGUGUAUAGUUUUACUGACACAAUAUAGAUACCCAAGUAAAGCUUUCAUCCAGGUAACAUCUGUAAUUAUCUAAGUUAUGAUGUAUUUUGUUGACUGAUUGUUAUCAAGGAAUGUCAGUAUGAAGCGACUUAAGCAUUGUAACAAUAUUUUUGAAUGAAUUCAGUGUAGGUAGGUGUACAAAUAUUGAAAACACAUGCCUUGAAUUGUGAUUGAAUCUCUAUUUUUCCAUCUAGAUCUUAGUAAUUGCAUUGUAUAUUCCUGUUGAUAUUUUUUUCUAUUUUACUUGUGUAAAACUGUUUUUUCUCAUUUCCUUGCAAUAAAAUAUAUUCUUGUUUCUGAUGACUCAUCAAGUUAGUGUGUGUUUUGUAAUUCUGUAGUGGGCUACUAGUGAAUUCAGUUGACAUGUGAUCUAUUUAGUCUCACAAUAUAGAAGCACAGAGAUGAGGUGUCCAGGAGUUGUCUCCCCUUGUGGCUGUGAUCUGGUAGCCCAGUGGUUAAAGCAGUCGCUUGUCACACAGAAGGCUCAGGUUUGAUUCCCCACAUGGCUGCAAAGAGUCAAGCUCUUUUCAGCUGUUCCUCAUGGUGAUGUCACACUUACUGUUUCUCCAGUAUAUUCUACACUCCAGGAAUGGGACAGAAUAUGCAGAUGUUUAAAUCCAGUACAAAAAGGGUAUUUUAGUGGAGUCUUUAUACAGUAUUUAACAAGUAUAACAGAUAUUUCGGCAGGGGGCAAAUUUAGUUGCAGGCUGGUCAUGAGAAUCAAGACAUGUAUUUUUACGAGACAAAUGCAGGUAUGUUGUUGUAUUGUUACUUUACAUUAUUUGUUGAAGUUGUUAUAUUGUCAACAUGAAAGUGCAGACAUUAUCCUGCUACCACCGUUGUUGUUCUCAUUGAUGCUGUGUAAUGCUCUGAUCUGCUUCAAUGAAUGUUUGGCUCCCAGCAGGUGCUUCAAAUAUUAUGACUACAUGAAAUAUAUUUUGUUAUUUUAUAGAUGUAAAGCCAGUUCUUCAGGUACACUGUCUCCUAAUCUGAUAAAUAAAACAACUGUUUUCUGUGA